GGUUUGGGAAUGACAUUUGUCACAACCGCUAAAUUUUUCCAGGAAAAAUCGCCGCGUUUGAAUGUCUGCUGGGUGGUGUCUUUUGUUUUCUUGAAGCCCAAGUUAAAUAAAUAAAUAAAUAACCCCCAAAUGCGUUAUGCGUACAAAUGAUGGCUGCUUAAUUUCUGUCUCUCUCUCUCUCCGAAAGAUUCAUAUUUCUCUGGACUCUGGGUUUCUUCCUCAGCUGGGCACAAACGCACGCAGGCCGAAGUUCAGUUAGCAAGUCGCAACUUCGCCGGCAGCCGGCACUCUCUGACUCCCAGUCCCAGUACCCUUCAGCUUCACCUUCCCUUCCCAGUUCCCUUCCCACUUCGUAGCUCGCACACAGUCGGCGACGGCGAGUUCGAACCGCCUGUUCCAGAUCGGCAGAUCCAGUCUUCCCCUUCGGACUUCGGCUUCCACCUUCCCAACUUCGCAGCUCGCACUCUCGCAGUACUCCUUCGGACCUUCUGUCCUUGAGGAAAAACAUUGCUGCAUCAUAGAAAGAGAACAGAGGUGGAAGGGCAAGUCCUAGAUUUCUUGUUGUUUUGGACCCUUGAUUACAAAAUCAUCCAACUUUUUUUCCUUUCUGGGAAGUAAGAAGAAUUUUCUUGGAAAAUCAGAAGAGCUUGAACUGUACUUGCUGUGCACGGGUCUGGAGCUUUCCCAUGACAACACCUCUAGUAGUUGGUGUUUCUGUGGCAGCUGCUGCCUGGGGAGGAAGAUACUUGAUUGGAGCUUGGCAUGCAUUCAAGACUCAGCCUUCAAUGCCCCGUGUUCGAAGAUUUUAUGAGGGCGGCUUUCAGCAAGUUAUGACAAGGCGAGAAGCAGCUUUAAUUCUCGGAGUCAGGGAGCACGCCAUUACAGAAAAGAUCAAGGAGGCUCACAGGAGGGUGAUGGUGGCCAACCAUCCUGACAGCGGUGGGAGCCAUUAUCUUGCUUCCAAGAUUAAUGAAGCCAAGGAUAUCAUGAUGGGCAGAACAAAGGGGUCCAAUUCUCCCUUCUAGAUUGCUUCACAAUCAAGGAAACUGAUAUUUGAUCUGAGAAUUUUGUUGUUGUUUUCCUUACAAAUGGUCAUUGUUUGCAAAAAUGUCUUUGAACCUAGUAAUUUUUUUAUUUUUUAUUUUUUUAAAAAAAGUGAACAUAACAAAGCAUAUAUUCUUCUUAAGAUGAAACAAAAUUGAUUGAAAUUAUAAAGUUUUGGCUUUGGCAUCAGCUUAA